CAAGCCAUUCCCGUACCAAAGAUCAAACCACUCUUAUUUUUCCUCAAAUUCUUUAUUCCAUUCUUCACUUCGCAUAGUCAAUAAAUACAAUAAAUAACUCACUACCGACGCGGAAAUCAGAUCUUCAAAUCAAACCCUUUCAUCGUCAAAUCUCAGAUCUCAUUAGCUUUGUUUUUAACUUCCAAUUUCAACACAUUUCAGUUUCACUAAUCAGUUCAAGGGACAGACAGAAGAAACAGAGCGGUCUAGAUAGCUGAAUUCAAUGGCUGUGGCUGUCAGGGGAACUCGAGGUGGCGGAUCUGGCGGUGUUGGAGCUGGUUUCCGUAGCUUGUUUUCUUACAGGAUCUUUGUCUCCGCCAUGUUUUCGCUUCUCUUCAUUGCCACUGUCACCGUUCUCCUAACUACUCAUCCUUCUACAACACAUCACCACUCUAGGCUUCCAAGUGGCGGAAAUGCUUACAUGCAUAGAACAUUUCUGGCAUUGAACUCAGACCCGCUCAAAACAAGGUUAGAUUUGAUAUACAAGCAAGCCAAUGAUCACAUCACAUUAGUGAAAGCAUAUGCAGCUUAUGCAAGGAAACUAAAGCUUGAAAUUUCAAGGCAAUUGAAAAUGUUUGAUGAUUUGGCUAAGAAUUUCUCAGAUCUUACUUCGAAACCGAGUUAUAAGUCCUCUUUGUUUGAAACUGAUGGGAAUUUAGAUGAGGAUGUUUUAAGGCAGUUUGAGAAAGAAGUGAAAGAUAGAGUGAAAUUAGCUAGGUUGUUGAUGGCUGAAUCUAAAGAGAAUUAUGAUAAUCAGUUGAAAAUCCAGAAGUUGAAAGAUACUAUUUUUGCAGUUAGUGAAUUGUUAGGUAAGGCAAAAAAGAAUGGAGCUUUUGCAAGCUCGAUUGCUGCCAAAUCUAUUCCUAAGAGUUUGCAUUGCUUGGCAAUGAGGCUUGUGGAGGAGAGAAUUUCACAUCCCGAAAAGUACAAGGAAGAGUUGCCUAAGGCCGAGUUUGAGGAUCCUAGUUUGUAUCAUUAUGCUAUAUUUUCAGAUAAUAUGAUUGCGGUUUCUGUGGUGGUGAGGUCUGUGGUGAAGAAUGCGGAGGAGCCUUGGAAACAUGUGUUCCAUGUGGUGACUGAUAGAAUGAAUGUGGCUGCAAUGAAAGUUUGGUUCAGAAUGAGACCCGUGGAAGGUGGCGCUCAUGUGGAGGUGAAGGCAGUGGAAGAUUAUAAUAUCUUGAAUUCCUCCUAUGCGCCAGUAUUGAGGCAGAUUGAAUCUGCUAAGAUGCAGAGGUUUUACUUUAUGAAUAAGAUGGAGAAUGCAACCAAAGAUGGGAGUAACAUGAAGUUUACGAACCCUGAAUCUAUGUCAAUGUUGAAUCACCUUAGGUUUUAUUUGCCUGAAAUGUACCCAAAAUUGCAUAAGAUUUUGUUUUUGGAUGAUGAUGUUGUGGUUCAGAAGGACUUGACAGGGUUGUGGAAGAUAGAUUUGGCUGGAAAGGUGAAUGGGGCCAUUGAGACCUGCUUUGGGUCAUUUCACCGUUUGUCUCAGUAUUUGAAUUUUUCACAUCCUCUCAUCAAGGAGAGGUUUAAUCCUAAGGCUUGUGCUUGGGCUUAUGGGAUGAAUAUUUUUGAUCUUGAUGCUUGGAAGCGUGAGAAAUGCACAGAAACAUAUCACAACUGGCAGAACUUGAAUGUGGAUCAGACUCUGUGGAAAUUGGAUACUCUUCCGCCUGGCCUGAUUACCUUCUACUCAUUGACAAAAUCACUGGACAAAUCCUGGCAUGUGCUUGGGCUUGGAUACAAUCCAAGCAUUAGCAUGGAUGAGAUCAAUAAUGCUGCAGUCAUUCAUUAUAAUGGAAACAUGAAACCUUGGUUAGACAUUGCUAUGAACCAAUACAAGAAUCUUUGGACUAAAUAUGUGGAUAAUGAAAUGGAGUUCGUGCAGAUGUGCAAUUUUGGAGUGUAGGUAAGUAAGUGCUGGUGCUUCUCUUUAGCAAUCAAGUAACAAGAAUACAAGUUCUACUGAUUGUUCAUGGUGGUUUGCAAUAAUCCACCAAUGUUUUGGAUUACAUUAUUCAUUAGAUUAAUUGCCAGAUCAAAGCUUGAUGAUUUUAUCAUAGGUUUUCUUUUUUCCCUUUUUAUUGUAGAAUUGCUAUUUAUUGAUUCUCAAUUUUGCUGUUUUAUCUUCUAGAAUAUGUCGACCAUGAAUUGUACUGAGCCAGAUUGUCCUUGUAAACAAGGAAAUGAAUUCUUUUGAUUAGUAAAAUCUUUACAUCAAUAGAUUUGGUGACUCAAGAUCGAAAGUCACCAUGUUCAUCUAGUUAUUGGCAAUUCAAACGUACUCUUUAUUGUUAUAGUUCUCAAAGUUUGUUGAUGCUUGAGUAGGCAAGUGUUCUGAACUAUCACCAUGUGAUCUCAUUCUAAAUAUCGGCUUCUUGAACUAUUGCUUAU